ACUCCCAAUUCAUCAAUUCAAACUCCCAAAAACAAAUUAAACCAACAAUGGCAGCUUCAUCCAUGGCUCUCUCCUCCCCAUCUCUCGCCGGCCAAGCCGUCAAAUUAUCCCCCACCGCCUCCGACCUCCUCGGCGAUGGCCGCAUCACCAUGAGAAAAACCGCCGGAAAGCCCAAGCCCAUUUCCUCCGGAAGCCCAUGGUACGGCCCAGAUCGCGUUAAAUACUUAGGCCCAUUCUCCGGCGAACCCCCUUCCUAUUUGACUGGAGAAUUCCCCGGCGACUACGGCUGGGACACCGCCGGUUUAUCCGCCGACCCCGAAACCUUCGCUAAAAACCGCGAGCUUGAAGUGAUCCACUCGAGAUGGGCCAUGCUCGGCGCUCUCGGCUGCGUCUUCCCGGAGCUCCUCUCUCGUAACGGCGUCAAAUUCGGCGAAGCCGUGUGGUUCAAAGCAGGGUCUCAAAUUUUCAGCGAAGGCGGGCUCGAUUAUUUGGGGAACCCAAGCCUGGUCCACGCUCAGAGCAUUCUAGCCAUCUGGGCUUGUCAAGUUGUGCUGAUGGGUGCGGUUGAGGGGUACAGAAUUGCGGGGGGGCCAUUGGGUGAAAUCACUGACCCGAUUUACCCAGGUGGGAGCUUUGAUCCAUUGGGGUUGGCCGACGAUCCAGACGCUUUUGCUGAAUUGAAAGUGAAGGAGCUUAAAAAUGGAAGAUUGGCUAUGUUUUCAAUGUUCGGAUUCUUUGUACAAGCUAUUGUGACUGGGAAAGGGCCUUUGGAGAAUUUGGCUGACCAUUUGGCUGACCCUGUUAACAAUAAUGCUUGGGCUUAUGCUACUAACUUUGUACCUGGAAAGUGAGAAAUUUGGUACUGUUGUUCUUUUGGGGAUUCUUGUGUACUAUUUUGUAAUGUGUUUCUUGUAGUAAUGGAAUUCUGUACUUUUGAAA